CCCCUUGCACACGCCCGCCAUGGCCAACAGCUUGCCAGAAGAGGUCGUCACUUGCCUGCAGAAUGCCCGCUUUCUUCAUCUUGCAACGUGCGCGGACAACAUUCCCCAUGUCUCCCUGAUGAACUACACCUAUCUGCCUAGCACGCCCUACUCUUCCACUCCCAUCAUCAUCAUGACAACACCCUCUUCGUCGCGCAAGACGCUCAACCUGGAAUCAAACUCGCUUGUCUCUCUCCUGGUGCACGACUGGAUAUCUCAUCGGCCGCCUACUCUAAGUCAGCCGGGUCGCUCGCCAUCGCCAGCCCGUCCCGCGCCACGCGCAGGAUCAUUGGCUGAGCUUCUCCUUGGCAUCAACACGGCCUCGCUAAGUCGAAUCAGCACGACCAUCAACGGGACCGCGGAGCUGAUUGCCUCGGGAUCCGAGGAAGAAACUUGGUACAAGGCGCAACAUGUAGCCAACAACACGUUUGGCGAGGGUGAAGAUGCCUACUCGACUUCCCCGGGCGCAGAGGGACUUUGGGGUGGUGCUAGAGCCGCAGACGGGGAAGCUCCCCAAGAAGGCGACACAGGAAACCAAUGCUAUCUGGACGGAGCAGAAGUCAGGGUGGUCAUUGUCAAGAUCCGCGACGGGAGGAUUGCAGACUGGAAAGGUCAAGUACGCGAUUGGACGCUGUCUGAAGGCGCACAACAUUCCCUGCCAAACGGGACAACAUAGUGCGUCUCUGGUAUGGCCUGAGGUAAGGCGUUUUGUAUGUUAAACACUCCAAAGUUAUGCUGCCAUACGUGCAAUCACAGCUAUGUCUUGAAGCUGCACGUCGUUUGUGCGGCUCACAUAUGC